AUGCUGAGUGAAAUAAAAACAGCAACCAGCCUAGGUUGGCAGCGUAAAGUGACAGAAAGCACAGACCAGGAAUGGGAUGUGAGCCAAGAGCAGACCACUCUACCUCAGACAUGCUACCAGGAAGUUCAUUAUCUGGAGAGAAGGCUGCCAAUAAAAAAACUUCAGAAAAUCACUGACACAUUGCCAACAAAAGCAUUAUACAGGGGGCAGUGUUCAGGAAGGCCUGAAAUUGAAUCUGUUCCAAAAUCUGCAUAUUCCCUUUCCCAUGAAGACUUCCAGCCCAGACAUUUGGACCAACAUACAGUAUGGGAAAACCCAGUUAGUCUAAGUAAGCCAAGCUUACCACUGGAUGCAAAGAGUGAGGAAAGCAGAAUCCUGUUGCACAAGCUUUGGCAUCAAGAAGUACAUCAGCCUGCAUGGAGACCAGAGGAUGGGCCAAGAGAGACAGCCUUGCCUGAAUGGAUCCCUAGCUGUGAGGUUCCUCAGCGUCAGACAGCACUGCUGGAGCUGCAGCAUUCCUUCUCCAAGAUGGCAGUACAAAAACAUUUUCAUUAUUCCAUAAGAGGAGAGACAAAAGACCUCAGAGACAACAUUACUAAGGGAAAUUUCUUUAACUGA